AUGUACGAUGAUGUGGAUUUGGCGGUACAGCACAAUGGAAAAUUCAGUGCACCCUUCCAGACGAACACUGGCGUCAAGCAAGAAUGCCCUUUGUCACCGCUGUUGUUCAACUUGGUGAUCGAUGAGAUUAUGAGUGAAGUGUGCAGCUCGAACCGCGGCAUAACAUGGAGCCUCACCAGACACCUAGAGGAUCUGCAGCGAACCUCGAAGCUCGGGCCAAAGCAGUUGGACUUUCCAUUAAUGCAGCAAAAAUCAAAGCGAUGCGGAUCCUCCACUCCCACCAAAGCAGGAUCACCAUAUGCGGGAAAAGUGUCGAAUAUGUCGACAGCUUCGUAUACCUAG